AUGCCUACCGUCUUCGCCCUCCUCCAGCAUAGUGAUAUCCUGGACACAAUUCUACUCGCGUGCAGCUUUGAGCCCGCCACCCUCAACGCCUUGCGCUUGGUGUGCACAGCGACAGAGCAGGCGGUGGACGCCUUCCACUGCCGCGCAAUUCGCCUGCACUUUGUUAGCCAGGGACCUCCGUCUCCGGCCAACAUCGGUAUCUACCUUACGACGCUCGACCCCCUCGAUCUCCCGCGAGAGCGAAUGCCUCAGUAUGCUCCGAGCCCCGCCCUGGCUUUCGGUAUUCGCGCAUCGGUUCCGCCCGAUGCAGCCUUCGCCAUACACCCCGCGGUGACCUUUGCGCUCAACCACGCCGCGUACGUCAGCGUCUACCUGACCGACCUGCAUCACGACCACUUCUGGUCUAUGCAGGCCAGCCAGAGACAACUGGCGUACCACUCCCCAGUCCAGCUGCUCUCCCGCGUCGAGUGCCUUGCUGUCUAUCAUUGCGGCUCGCUCGCUCUCGGCACCCUCAACCACGCCACCAUCAACCUCCCCGCGAACCUAAAGGAGCUGCGCCUCACGCUUCCCGGCGGCUUCUGCCAUUCGAAGGCGCACUAUAACCAUUCGGCCUCCGUCCUCACGCUCUCCUUCCCGCAGCACGUUGUGUGCGUCUGCGGAUGCGCCACGAGAAUGUUGAACUCGUCCGUACGCCAUCUGAGGAUAGUCGUGCGGAAGGCAAAGUAUGCUACUGCAUACUUAGAGACACUCAAGCACCGCGUCGACCUCCAUCCCUCGCUCUGCAUAGACGUCUUCGCCAAGCAGCAGCUCGCUGCAUGGCAAGAGCUCAGCCUCGGUCAAGCUUGGUCGAACAUGGUUAUGGAUACAUGGUAG